AUGCCACAAAAUCCUAUCUUGGAGUUGGAGGUAUUCGAUGUGUGGGGUAUCGACUUUAUGGGUCCUUUCCCCUCCUCUUAUGGAAAUCUCUAUAUUCUUGUGGUGGUUGACUAUGUUUCAAAGUGGGCGGAAGCCAUUGCCUCUCCCACCAAUGAUCACAAAGUGUUCAAGACCCUCUUGCGGAAGUAUGGUGUUCAUCACAAAGUGGGAGUAGGUUAUCAUCCUCAAACUAGCGGCCAAGUAGAAGUUACCAAUCGGGAAAUCAAGUCUAUUCACGAAAAGUCGGUGGCCAAGAACCGCAAGGAUUGGUUCAUCAAGCUUGAUGACGCCUUAUGGGCGUAUAGAACGGCUUUCAAAAUGCUGAUAGGGAUGACUCCUUACAAGAUUGGUUAUGGCAAGAAUUGCCACUUGCCGGUAGAUCUUGAGCACAAAGCCAUGUGGGCCAUCAAAACUCUGAAUUUUGAACUAACUAGUGCGGGUGAGCGGCGCUUGCUCGACCUCCAUGAGCUAGAGGACCUCCGCAUGAAUGCCUAUGACUCGGCGAGCAUCUACAAAGCGCGGUCUAAACAAUAUCAUGACGCUAGGAUUGAAAAGAGAGAGUUCAAGGAGGGGGAGAAAGUCCUCCUUUAUAACUCCCGGUUGAAGUUGUUCCCGGGAAAACUCAAGUCCCAGUGGAGCGGUUCAUUCGAUGUUGUUCGGGCCUCCCCGCAUGGUGCAAUCGAGAUUCGGAAUGAUGAAUCCGGUUCCUUCAAAGUGAAUGGUCAUCGCCUCAAACACUAUUACAUGGGUGAUCCUAUUGGCUCCUUUUCUUCCUUGAACCUCAAAGACCCCCCAUGA